AGCCCCGCGCGCGGCCGCCACGACGCGCGAACCGGGAGUCGCCUCGCCUCGCCUUCUGCCUCUGGCCUUCCCCCGCAGCCCUUUUUCGGCGGCAGGCUGAAGAGGUGGCGGCUGCGGCCCGGCCCGCUCCCGCCAUGGCUCUCGCCAUGCUGCUCGGGGAGCGCGGCGGAGCCCUCGGCGGCGGCGACGCUGGCGGCCCUGGCUUCGGCGACGGCGGAGGCCCGUUCGGCAGCAGGCCGGGGGCCCUCGGCCUCGGCGCCUCGCUGCGCUCGCUGGUGGGCGCCCCCGCGAAGCUGCCGCCGAUCCGGCCCGCCUGGGACCUGCGCGGCGCCGAUCGCCUCGAGGAGAGCCCCGCCGCCGCACCCCGGCGGCUCCUCGGCCAGCCGCUCCCGCUGGCCGGGGCUGGCGACGCGCUGCUCUCGGGCCCGCCGCUGCCGGCUGCCCGCCGGGAGGACUUCUUCGGAGCCCUCGACUUCGGCGGUCCCGGCGGCGCCGCGGCGAGCACGGCGCCGGGCCCCGCGGGGCAGGUCGCAGGUGACGGCGCCGCGGAGAGGGCCAGCAGCACGCCUGGCGCGUUCCGGCUCCAGGACAGCCCCACGCUGGACGGGCAGACCACCGCCGAGACUGCGAUCGCAGAGGCCAUGGAGGCCAGGCUGGAGGCCGCUGCGAUGGCGUCGGCCAUGCUGUCGUCCAGCUCGACCUUCGGGCUGCGAGACGGCGCCGCGCUGGCGCAGGCCGAGCAUGCUAUCGAAGGAUCGCGGUCGCACGCGGAUGGCCACAUCGUCGGCGCCGUGCCCUUGCCCGACCCAGUGGCGGAGCCUCCUGGCGAGGCUGCUUGGCUGCAUUCGGAGGGUCCAGCGGUCAGCGCCGCGCCACAGUCCGCCCUGUCAGUAGUGGACGAGGCCACCGAUGCGGCGGAGGCCGGCAUGCCGGAGCCGGUGGCCACAGUGGUGCCGCCGCAGGUGCGGGCCAGGACCGAGAUGCGGAAGCUGUUCAGCAGCAGCAGCAGCAGCCUGGAUGGCAGAGCCUCCCCGCAGGACCCAGCCUGGAUGCCAGAGCCCGUCGCCGCGGCGAGGGAACCCGUCGCGGGCCGUGCCUGGAUGCCAGAUCCCGUCACCGCGGCGAGCCUGGGGGAGCCCGUCGCGGUCCCUGCCGCCGCAGAACUUCUGCAUCCACGGCGCACUUCGUCCCUGUCCCCCGCAGCCGCCACACGUCUUCCGCACGCCGCCCUGUACACGCCGGGCACGCCGCCCCAAGCGGCACCCGCCUUCGCGGCGGCCACCGCUGUCGCAGCGCCGACAGCCAUCAUGCCGCUGGGCUCGACCGCGGUAGUGCCGGCAGGCUACCAGAUCACAGUGGCCCAGGACGGCGCACACGUUGCCCCCGCACGGAUAAUCGCCGCCAGCACGGCGUUGGAAGGUGCGUCAGCCGGAUGCAGGCUGGUCACGAGGGAAGAGAUGGCCCGCAAUGGCCACUGCGUGGAACACGGCGGGGCGGUGGCCAACAGCGAGCUGCUGAGAGACCGCGCCGAGCCGAGCGCGCCCGCACUGCGGCCUCCCGCUGGCCUCCCGCCUGCGCAACUCAUCCAGUCGCCCGCGGCGGGGCUGCAGCCUGUGGCUGGGACGCCGCCGCUGUGGCACCCGCGCGGCGACGCCGGGAUGCCGCCGCCAUGGCACCCGGGCGGAACGCCGGGCUGGGAUGCCGGCAUGCAUCUGCCCGCGCGCGGUGUGAUGGCGCCGCCCGGGAUGCUUGGGAUGCCUGGGAUGCCUGGGAUGCCGCCUGGGAUGCCUGGGAUGCCGCCUUGGAUGCCUGGGAUGCCGCCUGGGAUGCCCGGGAUGCCGCUGCCUGGGCCGCCCCCUGGCGGGCUGUUGCCUCCUCCGAUGCAGCAGCUGCCCCCGGGGGUCUCCAUGGUUCCCAUGCCGCAGCUGUCGGUGCCCCCUGGUGCAGCGCCGCCAUUCAUGCCGCCCGGCGUGGCCCCAGUGCCAGGCGUCAGCUUCGUGCCGCCUGGCGCAGGCAAGCCAUUCACGAUCCUGAGUGCGAUGCCACAGGGCAUGCCGCAUCCGUUGGCGGGAGCCGCCGGCCAGAUCCACGAGGAGCACAAAGAGGGCGCACACCCGGUGGAGGCCCCGUCGGGGAAGAGCCCCCCGGCUCCCGAGCCGCAGCCAGAGAUGCUUCCUACGUUCGGGCUGGCGCAGGCUCAUGCGCCAGGCGGCCCUCCUGCGGCAGGCCCCCCGGGCAGCAUGACGCGCCCUGGGGCGUUGCCAGAGCGGCACCCGCCGCCUUGGCAGGGCUGCUUCCCCACACUGGCGCCGGAAGCGGGAGUGCCAGCGCACGCAUGGCCGCCGCGCGCCCCCCUGCCGCCCCCCGAGGCGCCCGGAGGCGUCCUCGACGCCUCGGCCCACGGUGCGGCAGCGCAGCCCAGCUACAAGUACGGGCCCGACGGCGAGCCUCUGCCGGCCCCCAUGUCGAGCAUGGACCACGUGCUGGAUCACGCGGAGCAGCAGCUCGCGUCCAGGGCGUCGGCGCCGCCCCGAGGCGAGCCGCGGCCUGCGGCGGGGGCCCCGGGCGCCCCGGUGGUGUCGCAGUUCGCGCCCGCUGGCCAGGGCGCGCCGCAGGGGUCGGACGCCGCGGGCCCCGCUGGCGGCGUGGCGCCGCAGCAGCAGUCGCCCGCGCCCAGGGCGAAGCGGCAGGCGGACUACGGCUACGGCCCCGCCGUCCAGGCGGGCCCGGCGCCAGCGCCCCUGCUGCCGCUGGGGCCGCCGGGAGGCGUCGCGGCCGGAUCCGGCACCUCGCUGGGGUCGCCCGAGCCCCACGGGCGGGUGGACUCGCAGGAUCCGAGCAUCAUGUACGUCUGAGGCGGGCGGGCGCGCCCCCCGCCCGCGACGGGGCCCGGGCGUCCUGUGCUGUGGCCGUGGGGAUCUCAGGGUGUUGCACAAGGGCCGUUUCCCUGUCCCCCUGCCCCUCGUCUCUUCCCCCUCUUCGCAGCGGGCGGCGGCUCCCCGACGCAGCAGGAUAACGCACCAGGAGGUAGUAGCGCGCGACUCGCGCGCGUUUUGCCAACGGCUGUAUGCCAAUCGCCAGCACCAGGGCCCGAGGUAGCAAAAAAAGCACGCGCGGGCGCGUGCUCGUCCGCUUCGCAGCGUGGUGGCGAAAAUGUGGGCGGAAGGGCUUCCUCGCC